AUGUCUGGCGCGGCACCUACCCUUCCCACUACCGAUGAAGCCUGGAAAGCUGCUCUAGAUGCUCUUCCCACUGCUGAAGCCAACAAUGGAAAGAUUCCUGCAUUUUUCUUUGCUCAUGGGAGUCCCAUGCUACUUCGUGACACGAGUCCCGAUCCGCGCUUUGAUAGCUUGAAAAACCAGGCUGGUAAAGGUGCACUUGCACGAUUUUUGUCGGUAUUUGGACCUGCUUUGCUGGACAAAUACAAGCCCAAGGGUAUCGUAGUCUUUAGCGCUCACUGGGAAGAGCGGGGCCAAGUUCUUGUGACGGACUACCAGGAGAAUCCCUUGUUGAUGGAUUACUACGGAUUUGAAGAUGAGAUGUACCAAGUCCAGUUCAAAUCCCGGGGUGACUCUGCGCUAUCAGCCCGCGUCGUUGCUGCUGUUAAGGAAGGUGGCCUUAAAGCACGUACACUGGGGACGAUGGAAUCAAGAGGGAAGGACGGCCGCCCACGUAUGCCCGGAACUGGGCUUGAUCACGGAGUCUUCGUCCCAUUCAAAAUCAUGUUCGGGGACGAAUUCACAUCAGUUCCCAUCGUUGAAGUGUCUCAGGAUGAGAGUUUAUCCCCAGAUCGGAACUGGGAGAUUGGAAAGACUGUAGACGUUUUGAGGUCUGAGGGAUACCUUAUUCUUUCUGGAGGGCUCACCGUACACACUUUCCGAGACUGGUCAGCGUGGAAGGAAGAGAGUGCCGCUCCGCCAUACAUUGCGUUCCACAAAGCAAUCCUGGAGGCAGUUCAAGUCCAAGAUCCCUCUGACCGUCGUAUAGCACUAUCGAAUCUUACCCGCCACCCUGGCUUCCGCCUCGCACACCCUCGAGAAGAGCAUUUCACGCCAAUUUACCUAGCUGCUGGGGCAGGCCAUACCUUUGUUCCGGCCACGGUUCCUGUUGGGACAUUACUGUACCACUCUCGUCCAAGCUUCGAGCCACCUCCAUCACCCGAGUUCUUUGCUUUCGAUUUUGACCACUCAUAUAUCUUUUGCUCCCAAGUGCCAUGUGUGAUGUAUACCUACAUACCUAGACGUGACCUAAAGCUCGGGUACUUUGACGGUACAAGUGCUGCCACCCUGGAAGGGCCACGCGAUCUUCAAGAUAUUGCAUUCAAUGACAGAUUUGUUUCCGGAAAGACCUACAAUCCUUGGGUCCAUGCAGUAAGCAUGUGUAAAUGGGCAGAGCAAGUGGGACUGGAUGGGAUCGUGAGAAUGGAGCCAUCUUUCGAGGCCGUCUUAUGCCAUAUUGAAUCCGAUCUCCAAUUAACUUCGAGGCGAGACCUUCUUUAUCAUGAGACAAACUUAUUUCCUGGUCAAGGUGUGCCAGGUGGUCCUAGCGCUACGUCCAUGAUGGAUCUACAUCCCCGACUCGGACCAAAUACACCACAUUUUCCCGGGCCUAUGAUCCCUGCCUACCCAUCUCCUCCGGGCUGGAAAGGAAGGCAGCGUAACUUUGCUGACGUUGCCUUUGAGUCGAUCCGCGCUGGGAUGUGGCACAAUCAUUUCCCUGGAGAAUCACGCGUCAUCCUUGAUUAUUCUAGCAUAGUUUCUGCAUACGACGAAACAUAUAGCAGUCUUGUUCACGAUCGCCAAGGAGUCCCACGUAUGAAGCAUCGCCUGAACAACAUCUCUGCUGGUGAUAUGUCUCGAUUAAAAACUGAGAUGGAAGAGGUCUUGAAGACUGGGCGCCCCGCUCCUUCAGUGAACUGGCGCUCGUUGUUACAGGAUAUUAUUAGCCGAUAUGGCGAGCGGCUCGAAGAACUGCGGUAUUUACUUAGACGUUCUGACCUUGACGCCGAAGCUAUCGUAGCCAAGGCAAGAGAAAAGAUCCUCAUUAUGCUCACGCCUCACAUCGUUCUCCCAAAAUCCAAAUCUAACAGCAUUAGGGUGAGGCGGGGAGACCAACAACCCCUUCAUACUAGCUCCAGCGACACUAGUGCUAGCCAUAGCACUCCCGACGACGACUGGCCAACACGCAUAUAUGAUGCUUGUGCGAACCACCCGGCUAUUGAUUUUGCUCGUGAACGACAAUUAACAGCGCAAGAAAAAAGGCUCGCGAACAGUAUUGAAAGGGUAAAUAGGGCUAUAUGCUCAACUCUUACUACUGUGUGGGCGACCGCAUUUGACUCAGGUGAUAAGCCGCUGCUCUCCAAAUACAUGGUUAUCGAGUGGAAAAAGGAGAUCGAGGAGUUGAUGGAUUGGCUUGACUGGACUAUGUGGAUAAAAUGUGACCCCCCGUGUGGGCAGGGUUUUCAGUGCAUCCUUGCGACUUGGCCUUGGGAAGUCUUUACAGGGGAAGAGGACGUUGGACCCGUGUGCCGAGAUCAUGCGGAGGGCGAUAUCUAUUAA